AUGGUUGGUUGUUUUUUUUUAAUCACAUUAUAAAACAAACUCAAUUAUAACGUCCACUUGAAUGGCGACAAACGACAAUGUAACCGCAUGUUUCCAAUUUCCAACCUUCCAAACAUGAGCUUAUGUGGAGCUCUUGAAGGCAGCAUCAGUAUCUAUCGUUGCACUACCCCUGUAGCAUCCCCACACGACACAGGGCUCACAGGCGACAGUAGGGUUGUGUAUGUGUGUGUGUGUGUGUGUGUGAGAGAGAGAGAGAGAGAGAGAGAGAGAGAGAGAGAGUGAAAAGCAUCAGACACCAUGACCAUUAGAAACGCUAUCCGGGAUCAUGGACAGAGGUAUCGACCACGGAUGGCUUGUCUCAAGAAGGCGGAGAAGGUGGUGCUGGAGAUGCAGGACCCCAAAACAGGAGUUAAGUCACAGCCUCAGAGACUGGUUAUCACAACAAUACCACACGCUAUUACUGGUGAAGAUAUAAUUGCGUGGUUAGCAGGCAGAUUCCAAAUAGACACACAAGAGGCGAGGAAUUUUGGGUCUAUGCUGGUGGCGUUAGGAUACAUCUAUCCUCUACAAGACCACAAACGAUUAGUGAUAAAACCAGAUGCAUCCCUCUAUCGCUUCCAGACACCAUAUUUCUGGCCCACACAGCAGUGGCCCGUUGAGGAUACAGAUUACGCAAUCUAUCUGGCCAAAAGAAACAUACGUAAGAAAGGAAUCCUGGAGCUGCAUGAGCAGGAGCAUUAUAACCGCCUUCACAAGUGGAUGAAUCAUAAAUGGGAUUUCAUUGUGAUGCAAGCUAAAGAGCAGUACAGGGCUGCAAAGGAGAGGAAGAAACCGGACCGUGUGGUGUUUGAGUGCCAGGAGAGAGCAUACUGGGUGGUUCACAGACCACCGCCAGGGACAGUGAGCGCCAUGGACUAUGGACUGGAUCGACGAAUAGAUCCUAACACAGUCGAGACAAAAACACCCGACUUCUACGAGAGAAUUAUGAUCUUCACCCAGCAGUCCAUCAUGAGGCCCAGAGUGAAGUCAUCUGUGUCCAUUGGCGCAUUGGUGAAGUACUGUGCCACCUAUAAAAACCACGACCCUUUCCUCUUGAAGUGUCUUCCCAGCAACCCCUGGCUCACUGAUGAUGCCACGUACUGGACCUUGAACAUGCCGAACGUGGAAAUACCGACCAAAAUGCGUGUGGAGAGGUGGACGUUCAGCUUUGGAGAGCUGCUCUCAGACCCUCGAGGACGAAAUGAUUUCAGACUCUUCUUGAAGAAGGAAUUCAGUGGUGAGAACUUGGCAUUCUGGGAAAGCUGCGAAGAUCUGAAGUGGGGCACUGCUGCGACAAUGAGAGAGAAAGCAGAGCAGAUUUACAAGACAUUCCUGGCCCGUGGUGCACCCCGGUGGAUUAACAUCGAUGGAAAGACGAUGGAAGUCACGGUGAAGGGGCUGAAACACCCGCACAGAUACGUCCUGGAUGCAGCCCAAACUCACAUCUACAUGCUCAUGAAGAAGGACUCAUACGGGCGGUACAUGAAAUCUCCAGUGUUUAAGGAGACGACGAAGAAGGCCAUAUGUCCUGAAGAGCACAAGUUCUCUGACAACCAGUUGGAGCAGAAUGCAAGGAACAGACGGCCCAGUCUCAGCCCCAUCAUCCUCCGGCAGAUGGAGGAGGAGCAGAAGGCCAAGAUGGCCGCCAAUGUUGACAUCACACAGGUCAUGACCAAACUCAGCCAGCAGGGCAAGGAGGCACCUCCUCCUCCUCCUCGUCCUAAAAGGAACUGAACACGAACACGUGAUGUUCAGUGAUGUCGAUGAGUUUUACCUACUAAUUAGUCAAGAUUAGUGUUUUCCCAUUUUAUUUUAUUAGAUUAUUUAGUGGAAUAAUUUAAAUAAAGCUGUAGUUUAUUUCCUAAAGACGUUUGACGGAUGAUGUUUUAAACUGCCUCAAACAGUCACAAACAUCUAUUUCCAGUGUAACAUUCAGCAAAAACCCCUAGUUAGUGUCUGUUUCAGCCUCGAAAUGCCACAAACAAAAAUCUAACCCUGCAAACCGCUGUCACCUGAUGCAAAACAGAAACAUUUUUGGGGAAUGGGAACGUGCAAUACUGAAAAUACAGUCAUAAUUUAGUUGCGUAUUAAAAGCCAGUGUUAAAUAUGAACACGAGGUAGUAGAAGUAUAUUAUUUUGAAGGGUCAGUUCACCCAACUUACAAAACACAUUGCACAAACAUUUUCCCACUACUUACCCCUUAUGGUAUCUUGCCCCGCACACGUUUUGGUUUUACAUACAUGAAAUAUUUAACUGAAAUUCUAAUAAAAGCACUACGAGAGGUCAGGUUUUUGUGAUUUGGACGAACUGAGCCUUUAAUUAGACAGAGCUCAGUCUUUACAGGAGGAGGAUAUUUUGCCAGCUGUUAUCAUCUGUUACAUUUCUGUCCAUACAAGCUGUCUGUAAUGUUGUUUCUCAUAAUACGUGUGUCGUGUUGUCCAUCUUCACUCAUAGACUGUAUGUUUAUUAGUAUUCUGCUGUAUGUUUUCUUUGUCAUCAGUCAUGAGCUAAUAAAACACACACACACACAAA